GCUUAAUAUAUUUCUCAUUAACAUUCAGUCCUUAAGACAUAAAACAGACGAAUUACAUCUUUUAUUGGAAGAGCUUAACUUUCCACAUAUUGUUGCCAUAACAGAACAUUGGUUAAAGACUGAUGAGCCUGUAUUUAUUAAAAACUAUACCACUUUAGCUAGAUAUAAUAGAAGUAAUUUAUCUCAUGGGGGUACUAUGAUAAUGUCCACUAACAACGAUUUUUCCGCGGUCACAAAAUUUGAUAAUUUAUUAUCUGAAAAAGUAUUCGAAUUUUCCAUUGUCUAUCAUAAUACCCUUGACCUUUAUAUAGUUUGUAUUUACAAAACACCUGACGCGGACGUGCAAAUUUUCUGCCAAAAAUUAUUAAGCUUGCUAGAAUCCCUGCCCUUAAUAAGCAAAUUAAUCUUGUGUGGCGAUCUUAAUAUUGACUUCUCCAGUGUGUGUGCUGCUAAGGAAUCCUUUCAGUCCAUAUUUGAUUCAUUUGGGAUGGUUAUGCAUAUUAACUCCCCAACCAGAAUAACCAAAACUAGCUCUAGUAUCAUUGACUACGUCGUAUCAACCUUUGAUCCGGAACUCGUUGAUUUAACUAUCUUUAACUCAGGUUUCUCCGAUCAUGAAGCAGUGUUAACUAAAUUUUCUCUAAAUCACAAAAAUAAAAGAGUCCCGCGCAAAAUGUGCCGUAUCUUUGGGGAAAAAAAUUUCCUAAAUUUCAAAAAUCUAUGUCUAAGAACGGACUGGGACUUCCUAUCUGAUGAUGUUAACACUGAGUUUUCUCGAUUUAUAAAGUCACUGUCUGAUUUGGCAUCCAACUCAUUUCCUCUUAGACCCAUCAAAAUUAAACAAAAAAAACCAUGGUCUACUAAAGGCUUACGCUUGUCUUCUAAAAAUAUACGCUCCUUAUCACACUUAAAAAAAUUCUCAGACAGUGUGUUCUUCCACGAUUACGUAAGGUUGUACAAAAAAAUUUACCAUAAAACAAUAAAGGCAGCCAAGGACCUCUAUUACAAUAAAAGGAUUUCUAAUUCUGGAAAUGUUGGUAAGGAGACUUGGUAUACUGUUAAUGAAAUAAGGCAUAAGGCUUCUCCAUCUAUCACAAUCCCCACUCACCGGAUAACUUAAACAACUACUUUAUAAAUGUAGCCAAAAAUCUCAUGAAUACCGUAACUCCUUCCCACGAUCCUCUCUCAUAUCUCGCUAAUGAGAAUUUACAUAAUUUCUUUCUUACACCCAUAGCAUUAGAAGAAGCCACUACGCGAGCGAAACGAACUAAACGAGCACAAUAAAAGACAUUAAAACCAAAUCUUCAUCUGGGGCUGAUGGUCUAACGCUCAAAAUGUUUUAAAAUCUCCCGGAUAUCACUUUAAACCAUCUUACCAACUUGAUUAAUAUGUCUCUUCAAAUUGAAAUCUUUUCAAGCUGCCUUAAGACGGCAAUUAUUAUUCCUUUACAUAAAGAGGGCGAGAAGGAUCAAUGUUCGAACUACCGCCCAAUUGCACUUCUCCCAACAUUAUCGAAGAUUAUUGAAAGACUGGUAAAGAAACGAAUUUUAUCCUUUUUGCUUAAAUAUAAAAUUAUAACCCCGCAUCAGUUCGGAUUCUUGAGUAUCAAGUGCACCAAUGACGCUAUGUUGUCCCUCUUUAAUAAUAUAUACUCCAGCCUAAACAGCCAUCUUUCUACAGCAACAAUUUUCUAUGAUUUCUCUAAAGCUUUCGACUGUGUAAACAAUAAUAUCCUAAUUAAUAAAUUGCAGCACUAUGGAAUUAGAGGAAUACCUCUCGAGUGGUUUAUGUCAUACCUGAACAACAGGAAUUAGUUUGUUAGGGUUGAUUCGAUGACGUCUUCAUGCAAGCCAAUAGAAUGCAGGGUACCUCAGGGCUCAGUUCUAGGCCCUAUUUUUUUCUUCUAUUUAUAAAUGAUAUUGCUUAUCUGAACAUAAAUGGUAAAAUUUGUCUCUUUGCGGACGAUACUAGUUUUUCUUGGAGCAACUUAAAUAUGGUGGCUCUUCGUAGAACCAUAUCUCGUGACCUAGUCACCAUUAAAUCGUGGUGCGAUUCAAAUCUCUUGUGCCUUAACGUCUCAAAAACGAAAGUAUUAUCAUUUGGCGGUGCGUUGCAACCUUUUGUAAUUAAUAACAACAGAAUGGAGGUCGUUGAUUCCGUAAAGUUCUCGGGACUGAUGGUAGCCAACUCUUUAAAAUGGGAUAUCCACAUCGAUUCCUUAUCUAAAAAAUUAAGUUCUGCAUGUUUUGCUCUGAGAUCAGUAUCCAGGGAGUUAAGUUUGGCAACGGCUAUAACAGUUUAUUAUGCCCUGUUUGAGUCGCACCUCCGAUAUGCCCUCCCGUUUUGAGGUACGUGUGGUGCGACUCAAAUUGAACGCAUAUUUAAGCUACAAAAGAGAGCUAUACGGUAUUCAUUAAGACUAAAUUACAGAGCUCACUGCCAGGAAUAUUUUAAAAAAUUUAAAAUACUAACUCUUCCUUCCUUAUUUAUAUUUGAAUCCGUCUGCCUAAUCCGCAAGCACUUAUCAGAUAUGUCAGAGAGGCCAUCUCACAAUUAUCCUCUUAGAAACGCAGAGUACGAUCUUUAUCUACCAACCCCACGAUCAGAACUAGUUAAACGAUCAAUUCUUUACAAUGCAAAAAAAAUGCACAAUCAUCUCCCUUUUGAAAUCAAAUCAAUAACAACUUUUACCAAAUUUCGGAAAGCUCUGAAAUCAUACUUGCUGGAGAGAGCCUUAUACACAGUAAACGACUUUUUUUAAUAAUUAAUGUUAUGUAAUUUUAAGCACGCGUUUCCUAAACACUGGUUAAUUUAUUUAUGUUGUUACGAUAAUGUACAUAAAUAAUAUUCGUAUAUUAUGUAAACAAAUUAGUAGUUUGCUAAUAAUGUUUUUGUAAACAGUUGCAUGCUUUUUUUACCGACUUUGUAUACAAGUGAAUGUAUAUAUAUUUUAUCGAUUUUAAGGAAAUGUGACAUCAAACAAUUUAUAAAAUUGUUAAGUUUUUUUGU